CAUGCGUAUCUCCUUUCUGAUCGCGACAAUUUUUGUCGCGACCGUUUUGGCCGCUGACGAAGAGGUUCUGCCUCCCUUGCAAGGGAUGCAGAGUCUCCACGUUUCAUACAAAACACCCGAGGAAUUUUCACUUUUGAAAAAUUUCGUGGAUACUCCUGGCUUCGACUUCAUGAAAAGCACUUCGGACUUCGUGGACGUUAUGGUGACAGCUGACAAAGUAGAGGCGUUUAAAACCCUCCUGGAGGAAAAUCAUAUGAAUUACACGAUAAUGAUCGAGGAUGUUCAUGAAGCAGUCACAGAAGAACGCAUCACGCAAGAAGUGGAGCGCAGAUUGCGAAUGAGAAGUCGGGCUACUUCUGGAAAAUUCCCGUUUACAUACUAUCCCAAUUAUAAAGAGGUGACUGAUUACCUGGAAUACAUAGCAAACACGCACAAUGAUAUAGCCACAGUGUAUACCAUAGGUCAUACCUACGAAGGACGACCAAUGAAACUUCUGAAGCUGUCUACCGGUGAAAAAAAAAGAGCUAUUUUCAUUGAUGGCGGAAUUCAUGCUAGGGAAUGGAUUGCUCCAGUGACAGCUCUUUACUUCAUCGAUCAAAUAGUGGAGAACAACGAGGAGCUUUUGAGACUUACUGACUGGUACAUACUGCCAGUUUUGAAUCCAGAUGGUUACGAGUUCACACAUAGCAGAAUCUCGAACCGGUUAUGGAGGAAAACGAGGUCCGACAUAGGUUCAGCCUGUAAGGGAGUCGACGGAAAUCGGAAUUACGACAUAGCAUGGAUGACAAUUGGUGCAUCCAGCAAUCCGUGCAGCGAUACUUAUGCUGGACCUAAAGCAUUCUCCGAACUAGAAACUACGUAUAUGAGUAAAUUCAUUUUGGACCGAAAACAACAGAUCAAGGCCUACAUUACUCUACAUUCAUAUGGCCAGUACAUAUUAUACCCAUGGGGUUACACAACUGAACUACCUCGUAACGUAAUGCAACUGAAACGGCUUGCUACUAAAUGUGCGGAUGCUAUCGCUGAAUAUCGCGGUACUCGAUACAUCUUUGGAACCUCAAGCAAUGCACUGUAUCCAUCUGCUGGAGGUGGAGAUGAUUGGGCUAUGGCCAAAGCAGGUAUCAAUAUGUCGUUCACUUACGAAUUACCCGGUGGAGACUCUGGAUUCCUGUUACCAGUAUCCGAGAUCAAACCUGUUGGUAUCGAGACAUUCGAAGCUAUGAAAGUGAUUCAUAAGCAUGUCGUUCUGGAAACUUAAACGUGUAAUGCUGUGGCUCACUCUGAUUGUAUAAACAAGGAGA